AUGGGUGCCCAGGACGUUCUCAGCCGCAAGUCCGGCGUCAUCUACGGCGAUGACGUCCUCAAGCUCUUCAAGUACGCUCAGCAGCACAAGUUUGCCAUCCCCGCCAUCAACGUCACCAGCUCGUCGACAGUCGUUGCCGCGCUCGAGGCUGCCCGCGACAAGAAGUCGCCCAUCAUCCUGCAGACCUCGCAGGGUGGUGCCGCCUACUUCGCCGGCAAGGGCGUCGACAACAAGAACCAGGAGGCUUCCAUCCAGGGUGCCAUUGCCGCGGCUCACUACAUCCGCGCCAUUGCUCCCGCCUAUGGCAUCCCCGUCAUCCUCCACACCGACCACUGCGCCAAGAAGCUUCUGCCCUGGUUGGACGGCAUGCUCGAUGCCGACGAGAAGUGGUUCAAGGCUACCGGCGAGCCCCUCUGGUCCUCGCACAUGAUCGACCUGUCCGAGGAGGACGUCGAGUUCAACGUCUCCACCACGGCCAAGUACCUCCAGCGCAUGGCCCCCAUGAAGCAGCUCCUCGAGAUGGAGAUCGGUAUCACCGGUGGUGAGGAGGAUGGUGUCAACAACGAGGACGUUGACAACAACUCCCUCUACACCCAGCCCGAGGACAUCCUGAUGAUCUACCAGCGCCUCUCGGCCAUCUCUCCCUACUUCUCCAUUGCCGCUGGUUUCGGUAACGUCCACGGUGUCUACAAGCCCGGCAACGUCAAGCUCCACCCCGAGCUCCUGUCCAAGCACCAGGCCCACGUCAAGCAGGCCAUUGGCGGCACUGACGACAAGCCCGUCUUCCUCGUCUUCCACGGUGGCUCCGGCUCCUCCAAGGAGGAGUUCCAGCAGGCCAUCAGCUACGGUGUCGUCAAGGUCAACCUCGACACCGAUCUGCAGUGGGCCUACCUCAUCGGUAUCCGUGACUACGUCCUCAACAAGAAGGACUACAUCAUGUCGCAGGUCGGCAACCCCGAGGGUGCCGACAAGCCCAACAAGAAGUUCUACGACCCCCGUGUCUGGGUCCGCGAGGGCGAGAAGACCAUGACGGUCCGCGUCCAGGAGGCUCUUGUCGACUUCAACACUGCUGGCCAGCUGUAA